AGUUUGGGAAUCAGAGAGCAAGAGUCCACCACAGCGGAGUUCACCGCCAGUUCAUCCCUCGACCUAGCUGUCUUCUGUCUCCUCCCUUCUCUCCUCCCUCUCUCUCUCUCACACACACACCAGUGAUCGAAUAUGGCGGACGUGGUACAGUACAGGCUUGAGCGCAUGGUGGACGAGCUCGACGAUCUAGAACGUCGAGGUCUGUUCACCCGCCUUGAGAUAGCAGAGAUCGUGAAACAGAGACGAAAAUUUGAAUACAGACUCAAGCGUCCGAGCCCUCUCAAGCAAGAUUUCUUGGCCUACAUUGACUACGAGAAGCAGCUCGAUGCUCUUCGCCUUCUUCGCAAGAAGGCCAUCUCUCGCCAGUUGAAGAAACAGGGCAAUAAGAAGAUGAAGCAAUCACUUUCCGAUUUUUCCUCUAUUUCCAGGAUUAUUGAGAUUUAUCGCUUGGCCACCAACCGGUUUAAGGGAGAUAUUGAGCUUUGGUUUCAGUAUCUUGAGUUUUGUAGACAACGGAGGAAUGGCCGUAUGAAGAAGGUCCUUGCUCAGGUGACCAGGCUUCACCCAAAAGUUCCUGGGGUUUGGAUAUAUGCUGCUGCUUGGGAGUUUGACCAUAACUUAAAUCCUGUGGCUGCACGUGGACUCAUGCAGAAAGGUUUGAGAGUCUGUCCAACUUCAGAAGAUCUAUGGGUGGAGUUUCUCCGAAUGGAACUCACAUAUUUUAAUAAGUUAAAGGCCAGGAGGGUUGCUCUUGGAGAAGAUGAGGGGACAUUGAUUCAUAAUCAUCCAGAUGUUGGUGAGAAACAAUGGAGAGAUGAUAACAAAGAACUAUUUAUGGCAUUAGGUGAAAAAAGAGAGAAUGACGAAACAUCAGAGGCCCAAAAUGGGGAAUCUCAGAGGAAAUUUGAUUUGUUUCGGGAACAAGGUUUGGAUGUUCUUCGAAAUGUUUACAGCUGUGCAGUUGAAGCUCUCCCUUCUAGUUUCAGCCUGAGAACACGUCUUUUUGAGAUACUGGAAGCAACAAAUUUGGAACAUUCAGAAGAAAUGAGAAAAGAGAUAUUGGCUGACAUGGAAAGAGACUUUUCAAACGAAGUAGAAUAUUGGAAUUGGCUUGCUAAACUUGAAAGUAUUGAUCCCAACAGUGGACAGGAGAUGGGUAAAGAAAUCAUGCCUUGUAAUUUACACAAAGCAAUUCAGGUCUAUGAGAAGGCUUUAAAAUUUGUGCCUUCUGCCAUGAUGUUUAACCUGUACACAAAGUUUUUGAUGGAUUUUGUUGUUCCUAAAAAUGGAGAAACUCAAAGUUCUGUGAUCUUGAGCACUUCUGAUCAUAGUUUAGAUCCUAUUUCACAUAUGUUGACGGUAUACGGAAGGGCUGAAAACAUGGGGUGUGUUACUGAAGAUCUUGCUUGCCAACACAUUUCAUUUUACUUGCAACUGGGGAGGUUGGACGAAGCUAGGGAGCUGUCAGAAAAGCUUUGCAAUGGGAAACUUUCACAUUCAGUGUGUUUAUGGGUUUUACGGCUCUCACUAGAGAUGAAAUGUAUUGCAAAGAAAUCUCACUCAAACAAAGCUGAUCCGCAAUCCAUCUUUCUUCUCCUGAAAGAUGUUCUGACAAAGGUGGCGAUUUCAGAAGCUGAUAGCUUGUGGCUCAUGGCCCUGAAAUUUUUCUCUGAUCAAAGACGUUAUUUUGACAAGCUGAUGGAGCUAUCCCUGGUUUCAUUGGCUCAAUUUGGUGGCAGUGACGGUGGAUUUUCCCUCUCUACUGCCAUUGUAAAUUUUGUUCUUCAAAAGGAUGGAAUUCAGCGUGCAAGAGAGAUGUAUAAGCGGUUUCUUGCUUUACCCCAUCCAGGUCUUGCUAUAUUUAAAAAUUGCAUCGACUUGGAAUUGAACCUUGCAUCUGCUGGUGAUAAAGAGUGUCUUGUAAGAGUCCGGAAGUUAUAUGAAUCUGCACUUACAACUUAUGAUCAGGAUGCAAGCUUGUGGCAAGAUUAUUACUCUAUGGAGAUUAAGAUGGGAACAUCAGAAACAGCUAGUGCUAUCCAAUGGCGUGCUCAGAAGACGCUUAAAGGCAACAUUGCAUUUCUUGCUUCUCCAGAUUUGUGAUGGUAUAGCCUAUGACAUUCAGUUUUGAAACGUCUAAUUUCUUCAUUUGAUUGAUUGUAAAAUACUGCGAGCAAGUAAUAGAAGUGCAUUAUUUCCUAGUAAAUGCUAUACUUCUGAACUGUAAUUUUCUAUAAUUUAGCAGGUGUUUAACCCCCCUUUCUUGAAUUUAAUGAAAUGGCCAAAUUAUGUUGCUCA